ACACACACAGACCUGAAUACCAAGAGCAGUGUGGCUGGAUCGCCUACAGACAUAAGAAACAUGGUUGCCUUCACUUCCUCCUGCUCCCUUGUCCUCGUCUUGCUGGCCCUGGGGCCGCUGUCUGCAGUCCAAGCCGGGCUCAGGCUGUUCAACAUCCGAGCGAGUGGCCUACCAUCAGGCCUAUUUGGAACCACUGAUGGCUACGUGGAGGUGUCCUGCGGCUCUGCUUACCUUGGCAAAACAUCUAUCCGGAAGAACAACCCCAACCCCUGGUGGGAAGAGGAGUUCAACUACUUCAAGGCCCUACCCAACGACGUGCUGAGGCUGACGUGCUAUGACAGCGACGUUCUCCUCGACGACCUCCUGGGGACCUGUCAACGGCCCAUCAAAGUGGGCACUCACUACCACGACUGCUACUUGAAGAAAGGCACCCUCAGCUACACCUACACCCUGGACGGAGUCGCCGUGCAGGCAGCUGUUUGAUUCAACAGAUUUUUUAAUUGACUAUAUCCCUACAUUAAGAGCAUUUUUGUAUAAUCUAAAAAUAGACCAUACACCAAAACCACAAGACCUUUAACAGUGAUGCCAAGUAACAGAUAAGGAUUAUUUGGUGCACACCUUAAAUUUGACAGCUGUCAAUCCCUUUCUGUGUCUAUUCUACUGUUUCAGCUGGUGAACAGUGCAGCGUCCAGUGGAUGUUUAUUGGCCAUAUAGAAUGUAUAAUUACGACCCGUGUGUGUCAUCAAUGAAACAUAGCUGUAUUAAGAUAUGUCUGCCAGUGACCAAUCCAAUAAAACACAUUUUUCCCAA